UCGAGAGGGCUGGAACAGAUUAAGAUGUUUCAUGGCAAGUGUCCUAAUUAGACCAGCUAAAGUUGUACUUAUUUCAUCACUCAGAAGCGUUACAGUGAAGGCAGUAAGAAAGUUGCAUUCUAAUUUUGAGUUUCCUCGUUGCAAAAAAGAGAUGGAAGGACUUGAGAUAACAGAUAUGAAAGUAGUGCCUUGCGUUAACUCUCGCUUUAUCCAGCCGUCAAGAGUUGUCUUCAAACAGAAUGGUCUGCCCAGAGAAUGGGACUAUGUCAAGGAACACGAUGAUGUCUGUGCACUCCUGUUUAACACCACACGACAGUCUUUCGUUCUUGUGAAGCAGUUUAGACCAGCUAUUUACAUGCAUGUCAACAGAAAUCUCCACAAGAAGGCAUUGACUGAUGGCAGUGCAGUUACCAUGACAGCAGAUGACUCAUCCCUACCAAUCACAGCUCCAUUCAAUGAAGGAGUCACUUAUGAACUCUGCGCUGGUAUCAUUGAUAAAAACAUGAGUCUUGCAGGUUUAAUGAAGCAGGAAAUCUUGGAAGAGUGUGGUUAUGACAUUCCAGAAGAAAACUUGCAAGAAGUUGUAUCAUUUCGAGGUGGGGUAGGAAGCACUGGUUCCCUACAGACAUUCUUCUAUGCAGAAGUGACUGAUGAAAUGAUUGUGAGUCAAGGUGGAGGAAAUCUUAAUGAAGGGGAAAGGAUAGAGGUGUUUUAUCUACCACUUGACAAGAGCAGAGAGUUUGUGUUUGAUGCAACCAAACAUAAACCAGCUGGGCUCAUGUUUGCAUUUAUGUGGUACUUCAACAAGUUUAAUAUUUAAAAGGCCUUUAACCCUUAACCCUUUAACUCCCAGAUCAAAUUUGUAAUUCUCCUUACUGUCAACCAUACAAUUCUUAUAAUGUUAGUUCAGAGAAUUUAGUAUUGGAUCGACUAAUUAUCCCCAAAUUGAUAUUUUCCUUUAUUCUCAUCAAUUAUCUGGUUGAUAUUGUAUUGAUAUUGUAAAGAGAAAUUCUGUCUUGGUCACUCAUGGAAGUUAAAGGGUUAAGAGUGGCUGGCCAGUAAGUUACAUGUAUCCCUACAGUAUCAUUCUUGUAAAGAUCAUGAGAAUAAAGGAAACUUCAAUAACCAAUUUAGGAAGCUCCUGAUUGCCAAUCAAAUUCUCCUUGUUAAUAUCAGAGGAAAAUGUAAAAAGAAUAGUCUGGAGAGUAGGAAUACCAAUGUUAGGGUGUAAAGGGUUAAGAUAAGGCAUGUAACAUCACUUGUUACAUUAAAUUGUGUGGAGCAACAGAAGACCAUUGUUACAACUGAAAGUUCAAAUUCUUCCCAUUUUUGAUAUAUCAGCUAAUAAGGACAGAAAAGUAGACACAGUGUUUUACAUGUAUAUCAUGUUUACUUAACUCCAACCUCUCUAGCAAGACAUCUUGCUUUCUUGUUAAUCAUAAGGUGUACGGUAAUAGGACUUGCGAGAAAUUUUGAUAUACAUGCACACUGUAUAGUAUAAAAAUACAUUCCAGAAAUCUCCUAUAUUUAACUUUUGUUCACUAGUUGUCCACAAUUGUCCAAAAAACAUAGACUAGAAGUUGUUUCAGUGGAAACAUUCUUGUAUUAUUGCAGAGUACAGAUGCUAUCAAUAAAUCAGUCAACUUA